CAAACUUCCUCAACUAUCUAGAGUCGUUUACCAUCAUUUCAAUCUGCCUGUAAUCAUUCAUAACGAUCGGCCAUUCUUGGCAGUUGGGUUUCCUGCAAAUUGCAAUCCUGCCGCAGAACACGUCGGUCUCUGCUUCGGAGUCCCUUUCAAUCUCCAUAAUCAACUACACUUUCUUUUUCUGUUCUGCUAUUGUUGCAAUAUAACAUGACUUCGUCGCACGAGAAAUACGAGGGCGGCCUUAAGCCUCCCAGCAGUUGGGCCCUGACGAAAGACGAGGGCGUUCUCCUGAGUCGUCCAGUUCUCCGGGAAAUUGCCAAGGACAAGACCUCCCGGGCCACUCUGUAUAGAUACGGUGGCCAUAAGCGAACCACUUACCGCGUCGCGAGUCUUAUCUACAUGACUGGAAAUCGUCUAUCCGAUGAGAAUGCGUGUGAGAAGUGUAAAGAGUCGCCCAUCUUCGACGGUUGCGUCGUUGCUGAAGGUGUCCAGUAUGGUGCCUGUGCAACAUGUGUACAUUUCUCUGCCAAAGAAUGCACGCUGUAUUCACGCGAUAAGGACGCUUCCCUCAAUGCUGGAGAGGAUCAAGGGCUUAGUCACAACGAAGAUAAGGACACUGAAGGUAAAGCGGAGGAACUUCUCGCUGCUUUCGACAAGCGAUGUAAGAGACAACGAGUUGGCCCUGUUCAGUCGAGCCAGGAAAUAGCUGGCAAUGCCUCCCGUUCAAUUGCUUCUUCUUCUCAUUCCACGCCUACCGCCCACCGCACUAGUCUUGCCCAGCUAUCGUCUAGUCCCGAGACAAAACUUGCUGCCCUCAAACCUCGCGUGGACCAACCCAAGCGUGCUGCAGCUGCAGCUGCAGCUACUCCUAUUGCGACCUCACUAUAUGCUGCCUCCGACUGUUCUCCAGGCGUCUCAAAGAGUCCAGAAGACAUUGUACGCAAUCGUGGUCUCCUAUCCCUAAAGCUCGCGAUGAUGAUGGGUGAUCUCCAUCAACAGAUCGCCACAGGUGGCUAUGACCAUCUUGAAUUUGUGAACUGGCACCAAUUCAGUAUCGCGCAGAUCUUUGACGCAGAGAGGGACCGCACCCUUCCGAUGCUUCGUCCCGGCCCUGGGUUGACGCUUGAGAGCCUUGAUACAACCACUAUCUGUGAAUUCUUGCAGUCCGGCCAUAGUGGGCUAUCCUAUUUAGAUAUCAUCGCGGCGGCCUCGGCUGGACUCUUGACACAGACGGUUGCGAAGGUUUCGGCCUCCACUGUUCCAGCAGCUUAAACUGGACUUGCAAU